UUGGAAUUCGAUGCACAGAAACGAGCACGGAAGAUGAAGGGCUCUUGCCCGUUCUUUUGUGGAGGACCGAUGCAGAAAAAAGUGUUCAUUGAGAUGUUUUCUUAGAGGGACCGUCACGCAUUCGUUGUUUUCACGGUGUCGUGACCCUUGGAAACUAAAAGGAAUUCCUCUUUCUGAAGUUUCCAGGUGCGUCUCUUUCUUAGGCUUCGAGAAAACGAGACGGACGAGCCGCCCAAGCCGACGCUUACACGAGAAACCUGACACUUCUCCACAUCACACAUUUUCAGCGGAUCGAAACACGAGAAAACUACUCGACUAAAGUCUCUGCUUCCACCUGCGUUUGUUCCUUGUUCUCGUUCGGUCGCGCGGUGUUUCACAAUUUAUGUUGCUGUCUCCUCUCUGUCGAGGGAGCUGCUAAGGCAUCGUCGUGCUGGGGAAUACAGGCGAUAAGCAGUGAGCCUAUUUGUUUCCAGCUUCUCUACGUUGAGGAAAUUGUUUUUCUGUCGUCGAGAACCGAUUCGGCCGCGGCGGGAAACAAAUGCACGUUCCCGUCUCUUCUCAUUUGUCCCUGGGAGUUGCGCGUUUGUCUUUCUUGGCGGCGGCUUCUUUGUAAGGACGGAGUAUAGGCGAACUUCUGAAUACCACAUCAGCGUUCGACUGCUCUUUUUCUCGAAAGCGCUCGGUUCUGCGGGAACCGGACACCCUCAAGAACGCGUUUGUAUGGCCCUUCGUUUGAAGCAACUCGUAGUUUACCCCCGACGUUGUUUGCGCAGGUGGACUGACCACAGGAAGGCGUUUCCUUCCCCUGUUUUUCUUCUGUCGAAAAGCGCGUCUCUCUCUCUGCCUGCGUUUCGGCACCGACAGAGGCGACAACGCUUUUACUCGGCCACUCUGGGUCGUGCUCCUUCACAAACAUGCCUCUGCUGAGGUGGCUUUCCAGCCACUCUCCUCUCCCUUCCUCGCGAACGGGUUCUUCGCUCACACUCAGCCACGCCUGGUGAAACGCGGACGCGAGCGCUCCUCCGUGGACACCGCGAAUUAGAGACAUCUCUUCAUUGCUGUUUGCACGCUCCCUUGCAAUUCCGAUGGCCUCCCUGCCGCCUCCAGAGGAGGCCUUUCCGCGGCGCUCCUUCACCGCUGCCGCUGCCGCCCCUCCCCCUAUGUCGCCAACGAUCUCGUCAGUCGCCGCGCCGUCUGAGCUGUUAGCUUCUUCUGUCUCGACCUUCUCUCCGGCCGACUCCACGGACUUCGCCUGCCCCCAACUGCGUGCGGAGCUGGACCAGGCGCCUGCUCCACGUCCGCCGGCGGCCAAGAACUCGGCUGUGGUUGCCGCAGUGCAGCGGCAGCAGCAGCAGGAGCAAGAAGACUUUGCAGCAGAAGCUGCAGCUGAGGCAGGCAAGUCCCCGCAGCAGUUUCUUAUGCUUCGAAUCAAAGAGACUCUGCAUGCGCCACACCCGCGCCUAGAGGUUCUGUGCGGCUGCGCAGCUGACCUGGGGCACCUCCUCUUCUCCGCGUCUCCACCCCACUACCGAGAGGGGGGUCUACCGCUCAUCGCUGGCGUUGCCCUCACUCAGAACCGACACACCGCUCUGCUCCGAAAACUCCAAGAACAGCAGGCGCAAGAAGCCGCAGCUGCCUUCGCUGCGAGUCUCGACGCGUCCUCGACGGCGCCCGAGGCUCCACCGGCGAGCGGAGCAGGCACGGACGCGGUCGCGGCGCAGCUAGCAGAGGCGGAGGAGACGGGGGGCCUCGUCUCUGCGACGGGGCUCAUCGGAGGGUCGCUUGUCGGUCAGUGCUUCGCGCUCCUGAUGGAAAUGUUUGCGUGCACCUCGCAUCCGGUCGUGAGAUCCGCCACCUUUCUGCAGCUGUGGCGCAAUCGGCACUUCUUCCCCUACCUCCUUCUGCCCUCACAAGCCGCGGCCGCAGAGUCUGUCCGACGGCACGUCCUCGCUCUGCUUCAGCAGCCGCACAUCGAAAGCCGCACGCGGGUCAUGACGCUCGCGCUCGUCGCCCACGGGGCUGCGCCUCUCAUCGCCCAAGACGCGCCCACCGUCGAGACAAUUCUCAACACACUGGCAGGCUUGUGGGGUGCGCAUGCGGUCUGCGGAUCCACCGGAGACAGUGUGGCGGUCGAGGAGACAGCGGUCGGAGGGCAGAAAGCUGCAACGAAGGGCGCUGUGGAGAUUCGGAGAGGCGGGGGCAGAGGGCCUUCUCGAGACGCGCCUGUGGCGACCUCGAGACAGACACACUUGACGUCUUUCCCGGAACACACAGAUCUAGACCCCUCGCUGGUGGCUGCGAGCGCGCCAGACACCGCUGCGGCCGCACUCCAGACCCUGGGGGCUCUUCUGCCUUUUCUAAGUGGAGACGCAACAAUCCGAAUUCUAGAGAGGGUGUGCGCCUACGUUUGGGGGAUUCAGAGGAUAAAGACACGAGAGGAGGGGCUCGACGCCUGGCUGCACGCGCACCGGCCUGAAGGCGCUGAACUCGCUCUGAGUCAACAGGCAGAGAGAACAAAGAGCGACGACACAGAUGGCAAGGGAGAAGAAAGGAGAGACAGCGAGAAGUCGACAGAAGCGCAAAGACAAGCGGUCGUUGCUGCAGAUGCCGACAAGAUCCUUUUGGCGGGCCUCGGGAGCUUCAGAGAACGGACUGCGGACCUCCCGGCCUGCCUCCAGAGAGCGAGCAGCUUGGCAGCCCUUCUGGCAAGGACAUCGCCGCUGCAGCCUGACAUUGCUGUGUGGGCGCUGCGGUUUCUCUGGCGCCUCGUCGACCGCCUACGGGAAGCUGUCCUCUCUCCGCUGUCGACAGUCGGUCGUCUCGGGGCGAAGCCACCCCCGCAGGGUGUCUGCACUCCUGACGGGUCUUCGGUGGGUUCCUUCGACUCAGAGUUUUGCGGAAAGCAUGUUGGCGUCUAUUCAAAGGCUGAGCGCGGGGCGCCUAGCGCGCCAGGCACGUUGGCAAGUUCGUUGAGUCCAGUCGUCCUGCAGGCUCUCAAGGAUACUGCAUGCGCUUGCCUGGAGGCUGCAAAUUUCCUUACGCUCAACCAUGGUGACCUUCUCGUACCUCUGCAGCUUCACGGCUUAAAAUGCAUUCUGGAGAGCUGCUGCUGCGCAGGCGCUUGGAUUCCGGACUCUCGCGGCAGCACGUGUGGCGACUUGAAUCCGUCAACAAUGCAAGGCCCUGUCUCCAGAACGUUCCUGGCGACCUCUGCGCUCCGGUGUCUCCUCGACCUCGUGCAUGCAGGCCUGGUGCGUGCCUGCCCUCCCCUCGGCUUUUUUUCAGGUCGUCGCGAGUCUCCUCAGCUGUUCGCGGACUUCCGUCUCGACGCUGCCGGUCUGGAUGACGCGGGAUUCAGAAACAGACUCGCGUCAGAUGCCUCUCAGCAUCAGAAAAGGUCUUCGCGCUCUCUCGCGUCUGCGCUGCAUGCGACCCGUGACAGCCGAUCGGGUCCAAGUGACAAACGUCCCGACUGGACCGGUCGAGGGCCACCAGACGCCUCCAGCUUCCUUCGCGAGUCAGAGGAAGAACGAAAGCGAAGUCGCGAACUCCGGCACCGAGACCUCUGGGUCUGGCUGCGUAUCGCAGCUCUUGAGGGCGCCCCGGCUGUCUGCGUCUUCCUCGCGCUUCUGAGUGCGCUCGUCGGCUGGUGUGUGCCCAACGCAGACAUGACAGGGAGUUCGUUUCGAUUAUUUAAAAAGGAAAAACCGUGUGGCUGUCGCCUCCUCGGACAGCGGGGAUGUUGUGGAGACUCUAAGUCACUUGCAGCAGGUGGGGAAUCCUCUAAGACGCUUCUUCAGACGAAAACGGAAGACUCGCUGCGUCAUGCAGCGGACGCGCAAGGACACACAGUCCACGCGGUCGCGGAAAGCACCACAGAAGGUGAAACCAAGAAACCGAGGCCUGCAGGAACAGGAUCGAAACUCCACCGUGUAAUGUGCACAAGCGGGGAGCCCGGGUGCGGCGCAGCCGACAGCGGAAGAGUAGAGAGAGAGGCCGGCGGCGAUGUCGCGGGGGCCUUGGCGGAAGGUGGAAGAGAGAAGGCGAGUGGCGCCGCGUCCAGAGAGGAAGCAGAUCUUGGAAAGAAGGUCGAGAAGAAGCGAGGUAGAGAAGAAGGAGAUGAAUGCAGUGAGCAAGUCAAACGAACAGCUUUAGCAACAAAAACAAGGACCGGGAGCGUCACCUCGAAAGGGCCUUCGGAAGACCCGUCGGCAAAGAUCGGCGGAGAUCGGAGUGUAGGUGCGCCUCUCUCCUGGCUUUCUGCUGCGAGUGUGAACGACGGCGAGAAAGGGGAAGGCGGAAACCAUGUGCAGACUUUCUGCUCAAGUGUUUCGCUUCUCCAAGCUGCCCAGAAGGCCGUCGGCGCGGGACCGAAUGUGAGUGGAACUCGGCUUCUAGAGGAUCUACGCGAACUGGCUGCGGCACGCAGCACAGGGGCUUCUCCGUGCGUUGUCUCUCAUGCCUGUGACGCGCAUGCAGUGGGAGGCAGUGCGGGGGUUCGCGAGUUUGGAGAGACGAAACCCACGGUAGAACCGGAAGAAGCCACCGCUGCAAAGACAGCCUCGGCAGCGGUGACGUCCCCGAAGAAGCUGGAGACGCGCGGUGACUCGACGAAGAGGGGGCGUUCGCAUGCAAAGAAGGCAGACACAAGCAGCGACGAAGAAGGCGAGGAAAAAGAGGAGGGCGAACUCAGCGAUGACGAACCGGUGCAGAACAGCUCCGACUCGAAGGGCGCCGUCAUUCAGACUCGCGGACAGACGCAGCUCUCGAGCUCAGGAGUAUCACCGCCACGCUCCGCAUCAGAGAGCACGGUUUUACAUCGCAGAACCACUUCAAAUGGAGUUGCCGAGAAUCCUUCUUUCAGGUCGGCAGAAGCCGUCAGAGACGGCAAACUCGCGGGCUCGGCUGCGGCAAAAGAGACGAAACAUCAGAGCUGGAUAGAUGAACUGAAGAAGAACGCAGGGGCUGCUCGACAGCGACAGGUUCCGGAGAACGGACGUAAAACAAGCUCAGACAAUCGUACGAAUACGAACGCAAAUGGAAGAAGGGCAACUGUGACAGAGAACUUUCAGUCUUUCACGGGUUCUUCUUCCGACAGCUCCUCGCUCGAAGAAAGCGGAGACGAGAGCGAAUGGAUCUCUCAGGCUCUCCCUCUCCGAUCGUUUGCCCGCUGCGACGCAUGCUCGCCCAGACGCGCUGUCGGAACAGAAGAACGCGGGGAGAAAAGCCGAGGUUUUGGAGGCGGCGAAGUGGUUCUUCGCCGCGUGGAGAGGACAGAAAGGAAAGCUGUCGCGACGAACAGGAGCUUGCGGACUCGCAGUUCGCGGACACCGCUUCUCGACCGAGCAAGGGGAAGUUUGCCGCUGUCGGGACAGCGAGACGGGCCGGAUGUACGCCGGGGCCCCGGAGGUCUCUGCGGAAUGACGGCGAGAGAAGUGGAGGAGGCGGAGGCGCACGUCUCCAGCCGAGGAGAUCUAAAGAGAACUUUGGAGCUUCUUCUUCACCUCGGAGGAAAGGCCUCACAGUCUCCGAAAAACAUCCGUCUCCUCGCUCUCCUGGUGGCCCUGCAAGUUGUCUCCUGGCUGGUCGCGCCUCUGCCGCUGAGUGCGCUUCGACUCAUGGCAGCCAAACAACAGAGCCGCGACGCGACGUCGGGCGCGACGGGGAAGCUCAAAAAGACUGGAAAGGCGGACCUCCAAGGAACAGAAGUGGAGAAGCACACUCUCUUGGGAGGCGACAAAGCGGUGGAGAGGUCGACAAAUGCGUCCAGUGCCUCUGCGAGGACUGACGUGCCUGAUCGGGAGGACGCGGCGCUCCUGACAGCCGCGACAGAAGAGCAGACAUCCACUCGAAUCCUCGUUUUUCGGACUCUCAAGGCCUUCGCUGAGCAGCUCACAGACGACGAAGACACCCACCAGCCCAUCGUCAGCGCAUGGACGGGCCGCUGCCUGUUGUCCCUCCGCAUGCACUGGCCUGCCCUGCUUCCACUUGCGGCGGAGCUCCUAUGUCGUUUCUCUCUCUCCUUGCCACCAAAACGUUCGACGCUGUCCGCGUCCCCCACAGCGUUAGCGUGCUUGCUCUGUGCACAUGCAAGUCAAGGGAACUCGCCUGGACUUCAGAAAGACUCCUUCGCACCAAGCGAGCCCCGCCGCGUUGCCCCUGCGUCCGCGAAUGCCACUACGCCUGCACUUUCUUCCCCUUCUGAGCCCCCACGAUCGACCGUAAGCGUCACCGUCUUCCUCGAUCGAGAGGAGAUCCAGCCGGGGAGUCUGAAAUUUCUUUUUCAGCCGGCGCUUCAAGGGUCCCGUCCUGGAAUUCCACUCAGACAUGCACUGCACGUUCUGUCGGCGAGACGCGGAAACUCCAACUCCCCGCCACGCACGAACACCCCAGGUGUCUGUACACCUGACCAGGCGGCGCCAGAUUCUGAGGUUUUUAUCCGGUCGUGGAACUCGCAUUUCGCGUGGAUGAACGCGUACAGAGCUGGGCUGUCGACCUUUCUCGAAGACGCGGGCAACAUGCACGGUCUCUCGGGGAUCUGCUCCUCUUCUUCGUCAAAACGCGGAGGAAACGUAGCUCACUUUGAAGGCCAGGAGAGACCGUGGCUGUUGAAUGUCCCUGCCGACGCAGGGGCACCGGCGUCUGGUCGACUCCAGACUUCUACCCCCUCUGCAUGCGCCGCUUCGCCGCAUGCAAGUGGCGGUUCCGUUUCGCCUCGCUUCGAGUUCCACGCCGAUGCGACUGGCUUCUUCUCGCGUAAAAGUCUCUAUAAAACAGCAGUGUAUGCGGGCGUUGCCGGGUUUCCCGCAGUUGCCGCUCGCUGCCUGAGUGCAUGCGCGGCAGCUGCCGUGACACCCGAAACCUUCGCGUGGCUGACGGCUUUGGCUGCGACUCUCCGUGCCGAGGCGGCGCUCGCUAGGAACGCAGGAAACAGGAUCUUUUCUGAGGGUUUUACAGGCGCAUCGCGGCCCGUCCUCCUGGGGCAGACGGACGUGGAGACUGCGCUUGCAGCGAGUCCUCACGUGUCUGCAGAGCCGGCUGUCGAGAACUUGUCUGGCUUCAGGGAAGGGGGAAAUGAAAGCGAAGAGCAACUCAGCGCAUGCAGUAUGCACGCGUUACCUGGCGGGACAGUGAGUGGGGACGCUUGCGCAGGAGGACUCGCGCACGCGCCACCAGCGUCUUUUGAUUCUCCAAAAGAAAGGCAGCAGACCAAAUGCGGAGUAAGAAACGCAGCUGGACGCUCGGACGCGUUUGCGGAAGCAGUCGCGCAAGCCAGGGAGGCCGUGCGCGAGGCUGAGAGGCACUGGACUUUGGCACCUGAAAGUCUUGAGACCCUGCGGAGGCGCGAGGAACACUUUUUAGGCGAAGGAAGGAGCAGCUCUUGUGGAAAACCUCAUCCGCUGCUCUACGCUUUCACCAAGGGGCGUUCUGCUCUCGUCACUGCGUUGCUUUCCUUCUUGGCUUUUUGUGGAGACGUUGCUCAUGGAAAGACUGUUUCAAGACGGGCUCCGUUGUCUCCCUCGUCGACUGGCGCAUGCAGAAGCGAAGAAACUCCGAAAACUGCCGCGAGCGAGCAAAGUGCGCGGGCGACCUCGAGAGCGAAGUCGUUUCCAGGAAGAGAGAUGACGGCAGAGGCAUCCGAAGAGCAUGCGGAGUCGCUGCAUCCAGGUGGCUGCGCACGCGCUCCACUCCCUGCGCAUGCAGAAUGCGAACAAGAGAUUUUUAAGGAGACUUUGGAUCUCUUAGAGAACUUAAGGAACCAGUUCGGGAGCCUCGAAGUACAAUUCCGCUUUUUCAGCGCACAGCCCCUCCGCCUCUGCUCCACUUCCCGACGGCUGUUAAGCAUUCAAACUUCUCUUUGUCGAACGUUUUUCCUCUUGGCAACUUUCCUCAUGAUUCGCCUUCUGAAGUCGCACGUGUUGUCGCUCCUCUCUUCUCAAGGCUUCUUCUCGGGGUGUCUGUACACCCACAGAUCCCCCACAGAAAGAGCACGUUCCUGUCGCGAUUCUUGUUCAGAAACUGGGCAGAGCCCCUUGAGUUUUUUGGCACACGAAGCCUUCUCGAGCUUCUCUCAAGUCAUCGGUUUUCACUCCGAACAUGUCGCCUCAAAGCCUAAUCCUUCGUCCUCUACAUUUGGACCUUCUUGCUCUAAGUCUAAUUCUGCUCGCUCUAAAUCUGAGCCUUUCUCUUCUGAGUCCAAACCUUUCUCGUCGGAGUGUGAACCUUCUUGCCUUGAUGGUUCAGAUGUCGGCUCUUUCUCGCAGAAGGCAGCCGCUUCGGGCGCGGGGCCUGCGUCGGCUUAUAGACGGAGAACCCUGCGGUUCCCCUUGCUCGGCGCGUGUUUCUUUUCGGAGGCACGAAGCCCCGCGAGUCCCGAAGUCCUCGAAGCGGCGCUGCGUGCAGCGCAGGUGGCGUCGCAGCUUAGCGACAGCCUCCCGUGUCCCUUGGAGCUAAGAGGGGAAGAGGAAAUUCUCGAUUUUCUUCCUCUCUGGGUCCAAGCGAGUGCUUCCCCGUUGUGGGAUGAGGCUGGGCCUACCAGUUGUUGGGCGUCAGUGGACGACUGCCGAAAGGGGGGCACUGAGGGAGUGCGAACGCGCGGGAGAGAACGGGAGCUUUUUCAUCUUACUCAGAGACCCCGGCGGGGCUGUUAUCGCCGAUCUCUCGCUCGGCUCGCGGCAAUGAAGCGGAGCCUCUUGCAACGAGAAGUCGGACAGGAGUCUCCGGAUUCGGAGACACCUCUCUCCUCCCUCGUCUCUCUCGAGGCCAUGGCCGGCGCGGCGGCGUCUCGGUCCUCUCUUCGUGUCUCCUCUCGCGCGUCAGAAGGCGACGAAAGACGACAGACAGAGGAGGGAAGAGAUAUGAAAGAUCGAGGUCCAAAGACAUCUCUCCUAGGCGUAGAAGACGGACAGCAGUCACUUCCACAAAUCGAGUGCCCAACCUCCCUGCAAACCCCAACAGCUGAGACCGAGAACACAGGUUCUUCUUCUCUUUCUUCUUCUUCGUCUUCUUCUUCUUCGUCUUCUCCCUGUUCUUCUUCUUCGUGGUCACCAGAGUGCACGUGUUACGUGAGGCCUUUUUUCUUCCUCGAUCGGGUCUCGCCGCUUCUGCGGAUCUCAGCAGCUCCUCUUGUGCGUGACGCAAACGCAGGGCAUCUUGAUGAUCAACGUUUAAGGACUUUCUCUUCCGAAUUCGGAGUUUCCUCUGAACUUUCUCUCAAGUCGAACCCGACACCUUCAGGACGAGGAGCUCAGGACAGCGACGCGUGCGACGGAGUCGCGUCCCCAGGGCUCCUGGAGGGCGCUGUGUCGGAGGACGAGGCGGUGGAAGGCGCAGACGGAGAGCCUGGCGAAGAGCGGGACUUCUCCGAGCCGCGUGCGCCGUUGCAUGCGUCGACGGACCCGUAUGCGCCAGUGCAGACGGUGAAGAAGGAGGUGACAGAGGAAGGCGUUUCGUCGACAGAGGCCAACGAGCAGGUGGAGAGCGCCAGAGAUUUGGAGGUGGAGGACGCGGGGUUUGUCAAAUGUGAGGAAGGCAGAAGAUGGAUCAGCAGUGAAACUACUGCGUGCCUCACGGCGGAAGUGGAGCUUGAGCAAGAAGUCUCGAUGGAUUGUUCGUCAAGUGGGAGCAAGAGUUUCAGCGCCUCAAGAACGGCAGACAGAAGAAAGUGUUUUGCUCCAGUCGCUGAGAAUCUCCAAAUGACCGCAUCGUUCACAGAGCAAGAGAGGGAAGCGGGGCCACAGGACUCAGGAGGUCGCUUCGACCCUGGUGACGAGACACGCAGUCCGCUGUUCUUCUGCUGGAAUGAAGACGCAGACGGAGAAGGAUCGUCUCCACUUUUACGCAGAGCGUUUCCCCGAGACCUGCUUCGCCAAGCUGCCGCCUUGAUCGAGCAGUGUAUUUACACUCCGUUUCCUCUCCCGCCGCGGGUCUUCAACCCAAAGUGUCUCCCCUGGGUCGCCGUCCGAGCAGUUCUGAGCGGAGAGGAAGAGGCAGCCCGCGGCCGGUGCGUCUUCCCAGUUGUGAUGUUCACAGGCGAGUUGCGUGAUGCUGAGGCGCAAACCCUGGCUGCUUGGGCGUUUGUGAGGCUUCGCAUUUCGCUCGCGAUCGGUGUCGGCUUUUUUCAGCAGGCGGCGUUACACGGCGCCUUGCAUGGAAGGGACAAGGAUCAAGAGGUGAUUGCCGUCGAGGAUGUUCCUGUCGCGCAGCCUAUCCCUGGGUCCGCAGACGCCUUCUGUAAUGUGGAGGGCGACAGCCAGGGGCCGGGUCCGUACGCAGGUGGUCUUCGCCACUUUUCUCACACUUGCUUUUUGGACGCAACGAUGCAGACACUGCCUUGUUUGCUUGUAGAGGCGAUUCCGCUAGACGCAAAUCGCGGGGUUAUUGGAGAUAAAAGUUCUACUUUUAUUCAAGUCACUGAGGCUCAGAAAGCCAUGCCACUGUAACGCCGCGAAGGCGUUUUUUCAGUUACCGCACCGUCAAAACAAAUCCAAAAACUCGUUAGAGGGCGUGAAUGAUUUCUGGCAGCAUAUUAUGUGGUGUCAAAAGUAAUUCCAUCAAAAGCCGGCGGUUUUCUAUGGCAAGAGGGUGCGCCGCUGCUGAGCCACUUCGCCCUUGAGGAAAGAAGCGCUCUACGGUUUAGGCUUGCUUCUUUACGAAAGGUUUCAUCUUGAGCGUGUUCCCUGCACAAGCGAAGGCAGAAGCGUUCAAUUGGUUGCGGCUGAGACCGUAAGUCAUUUAACCCGGAAAAUGCGAGCAUACCCGUAGCGGGAUGCAUGUGACCAUGUCGACGACGGAUCCCGGGAGUGACGCCACGAGAUUCAUCGGUGGACUGCGUUUGGUAAGAAUUCCUUUGACAUUUGUUUUUCCGUAUAAUAGAAAGCUGCCGCGUAUAUGCUGAGGAAACAACGCUGUUUGUUGACAAACGGAGUGUGACACCACGAGAUUCACGACGGAAAACGAGACAGCGCCUAAAGUGAAAGGAGAAGAUUCUCAGCUGAGAUUCCCCCUUCAUCUAUGCUUCGGGUUUUUUGUAUUCUGCAAAGUGUACAAGGCUUCGUCAGUUUGUCGCGGCUCUCCGUGGGAGAAAACCACAACGGAGUCUUUCCCGCGCUUUCUGUGUCUGUGUCGCUGUAUUUGAAGGAGAAUAGAGUUUCCCAGGCACUUGAUUUACCGUAAAGCCACGAGUUGGCGCGCGGAG